CUAGUGUUACAAAUUAGAAAAAAACUAAAAGAUAAACUUGGACAACAGCCAACAGAGUUAUGAUAAAGAUAAUCGAAUAAAUUCAUUAUUAGUUCAAUAAUAAAUAUGAUUUAAAAAAAAAAAAGUUUGAAGCUCAAAUCCUGAUUGAGAAUUUAUUGAAUUUUAAAUUACGAAGAAAAUUCCACAAAGUCAGAGACUGAAAUCUCUCUCUCUCUCUCUCUCUUCUUCUGUUUUUGAGUGCCAGUCUGAUACUCUGUCCCUCGUCAUUUCAUGGUGCGCCGAGCCACAACAAACAGAACGUACUCUCGUACUGCCAGAGAAAACCAAGAAAAUAAUUAAAAAAAGUAAAAAUUUAAAAACCCUGUCUCAUUAUCUUCCUUUUUGUCGUAAAUUCCUUGCCAAAAAAUGAGGUUUAAAUGCAACAGACAAAAAAAAGCCACCCCAAAAAGAAAGGUCCGUAGUCUGAAGAAAAUACUCGCUCUUUUGUAAUCCGUUGUCUUUGCCGCCUCCGAUUCGAUUUCUGUUGAUGUUUUGAAUCUGGGUUUUUUUAUUUUUUAUUUUUAUUUUUUUUUCCCUCUGAAUAUUAGUAUUGUAUAUAUUAUAUAUAUAUAUAUAUAUAUAUUAUUUGUUUAUGAUGUAUAAAAUGGCGGAGGAAGAAAAGAGGGUAAUAGAGAAGACGAAGAAGGAUGAUGAGCAUGGGAACUUGUUGAAUGGGAUUAGCAGUCCAUAUCUAAACCCUCACCCUCUUCGUCUUCGUUGUCUUCAUGAUGAUAAUCAGUCCAUAACUGGUUUAGCCAUUGGAAGAGCUUCUCUGCAACCAGAGUUCUCUUUUUCAGAUAUGUCUUCUUCUUCUUCUUCUGUGGAUAGCUUCCCAUUUUCUAUCCCACAUGAAGGGACGAGAAAGUAUCAUCAAAGACCGAGUUCUCAUCACUUGGACAAAAUGGGUUUGGACUCCAAGCCACCUGAGUUCCAUAUCAAUGAUGAAGAGCUGGUUAAUGAUCUGGGAUUGUCUAAAAAUUUCUAUAGGAUGCAUAUCAGUGAUAAACAAAAAGAUGGGACCCAAAUGAAGGGUUUUGGGAUAGACCCUGAUGAAUUUCGACUCCGUGAUGGUUAUAUUGGCGGCGUCACCUCUUGGGAUUUUGUAAAUCCUGGUGAAUAUGAAGGUUUCAACAAUAAUCUCUCUGAUUAUGAAGCUUUUCAAUCCUCUCUUCCACUGGAUUUUGAUGAGUCUAAGAGGUCAGCGUUUCUCGGAUUGCGACAUGGAUGUAAUAUGGGAGAUUCAAUGAGGUCUCCUCGCACUCAUUUCCAGGUUAAUGCAUUGAAUUCCAACCCCAUUUACAACAAGAACCAGAUGAGUUAUUUAUUGGGGCAAAAAACUGAACAAGAUGGCGGCUGUAAUUGUAAGAAUGUCGAAUUACUUGACCAAUAUACUGAUAGGAUUAACCUUAACGAUGAGUUUGGUUGCUCAAAGUUAUAUGGAAUGGAUUCUAAUGGAGAUAACUGUCUGAUGGGUCCAUUUGGCUCCCCUCGGUCAUUGCGACCAGAGGUGGCUCUGAAUGUGAACAGUAACCCAUCACACAAUCCUUCAAUGAUGAAAGAAAGGACAAAAGUAAACAGUGCUGGCGGGGUCACUCAAGCCUUAAAGCAUAUGAAGUUUGCCGAGGGUUCUAGUUGCGAGGAUGGUUUUAUCAUAGAAGAAAGUUGUGUGAAUCCUGGCAUGAGAAAAGGGCGUAAAUCUUCGAGGAGUCAGAAGAAUUGUCAUGGGGUUAUGAGAGUGCCGAACGAACAGGAGAAGAGCUCUACCUUUGGAGGUGUUUGUGAAAAUGGCGGCCGUAUGAGUAGUGAUUGCCCUUCAACAGUUCGUUCAAUGGCUGAGGUGCAGGGAUAUGUAUACUUCUUAGCUAAGGAUCAGUAUGGUUGUCGGUUCUUACAAAGGAUGUUAGCUGAGGGAAACAGUCGAGAUGUGAAGAUAAUAUGCAACAUUAUAAUUGGUUAUGUUGGGGAAAUGAUGGUGAACCCAUUCGGUAAUUACCUUGUGCAGAAGCUCUUGGAUAUAUGCAGUGAAGAACAGAGAUUGCAGAUUGUGCUCAUGGUGACCAAAGAACCAGGAAAACUUGUUCAAAUUUCUUUGAACACACAUGGGACGCGUGUUGUACAGAAGUUGAUUGAGACUUUAAAUGCUAGGAGACAUAUAGCAUUAGUUAUGGCUGCUCUUGAACCUGGUUUUCUUGAACUUGUUAAGGAUCUAAGUGGAAAUCAUGUCAUAAAGCGUUGCUUGCAAUGCCUUAGCAAUGAAGACAACAGAUUCAUUUUUGAUGCUGCUGCGAAGUUUUGCAUUGAUGUUGCGACUCAUAAGCAUGGAUGUUGUGUAAUGCAAAACUGCAUUGCAUAUUCUGGUGGAAGAUUUCGACGUAAACUGGUGACUGAAGUUUGCAGAAAUGGGCUAACCCUUGCUCAAGAUCCUUUUGGAAAUUAUGUUGUCCAGUAUAUCAUAGAGCUAAAGAUCCCAUCUGUCAGUGCUGAAUUGAUUUAUCCAUUCAGAGGACACUUUGUACGGCUUUCAAUGCAGAAAUUUAGCAGUCAUGUGGUUGAAAAAUGCCUUGAGCAUUUUGAAGAAAGCCGGUCAAGAAUCAUCCAUGAAUUGAUCUCAGUUUCUUGCUUUGAACAGUUGUUGCAAGAUCCUUAUGCUAACUAUGUCAUUCAAUCUGCUCUUGCAUUUACAAAGGGCCCUCUUCAUGCUUCCCUGGUUGAAGCGGUUCGGUCUCAUAAGAUGUUACGAACUAGCCCAUACUGCAAGAAGAUCUUUUCACAGAACUUGCUGAAGAAGUAAUGUGUUUUACACCAAGAAGAUGAUUUUAUAGUACAAAAACACAACGUACAGAGGGGGAAUCCAAAAGCACCGGGACUUCAACAGCAUUUGUGAUAAAAAUAUUCACAAAAGAGCAGGGAACUGCAAUUGCAUGGCCCAUGCAUUUCAAUUCUUUCUUUGCAGCAAACAGAGCAUUUCUUUGUGCAUUAAUUUAAGCGACAAUAGUACAUAAGUUUUAUUUUGUAAACAAAUCAUAGGAUAUAUAUAUAUAUAUAUAUAUGUAUGUAUAAUAUUUAUCAACUUUUUGGUUAUGCCUAAUUAUUAUUUUAAAAAUAAAUUAUAUAAAAA